ACUCUCGUUCGUUCGGAGUACAAUUUGUAAGAAUGGCUCCAAGAUGGUCGUGUUUACAAAAUGUGACCAUCACCAAUGUCAAUAUUCUUCGCUAUUUGGUCCCUUCCGAUCACUUCACCGGCUAGAAUUCGCCUCACUCCUCACAGACGGACAGAUCUACCCCUUAAGCUAUACAGGUGUUUUUUGGCCCAGUCGAAGUCCGGUUGUCAGCACAAGCUACUGAGACACCACUCAAAUUCCUGAAAUGCUACUCAAACUUCUGGAGUAUCAGUCAAACUUCUGAGACAUUGCUCAAACUUUGGAGUACUACUCAAAUUCCUGGAACCCCAUUCAGGUUCCUGGCACAUCAUACCAACUUUUGAAGCACUCCUUAAAAGCCUCUUGGAGUACCACUCAAAUUCUUUGAACAAAGUACAAACUCCUGAUACAUUACUCAAAUUCCUGAAGCGCCACUCCGAUUUUGGAACACCACUCAACCCAACAAAAGCUCUUGAAUGCCACUCAACUCCUAGAGUGCUGCUCAAAUUCCUGGAACACUACUCAAAUAUCUGACUCAUUACACAAUUUCUUGAAGCUCCACUGAAACUCUUGGAACAUCACUCAAACAUCUGGAGCACCACUCAAGUCUUGACACACCAGUCAAAUGUAUGGAGCACCACUCAAACAUCUGGAGCACCACUCGAGUCUUGACACACCACUCAAACAUCUGGAGCACCACUCAAGUCUUGGCACACCACUCAAAUUCUUGGAAGACAACACAAAUUCUUGGAGCAACACUCAAAAACUGGGUACCCCAUUCAAACAUCUGAAGCACCACUCAAAUUUUGGAAAGAUAAUACAAACUCCUGGAGCGCCACUCAAACCUUUGGCAAACCACUUCAAACUCCAGGAAUGCUACUCCUCAAAUUCCUGGGUCAUCACUUAAACUUCUGGAGUGUCACUCAAACUAAUCUUAGUGAACACGUUUCUGAAGAACAGUAAAGGGGUUGAAGUGAACCCCUCACCAAUUCAACUACACAACACUACUGCCACACAACGCUAUCUCACAACACACCAUCGACAUCGCGUAAACGCAGCACCACAUCACAUCGCAUCACAGCGUCGCUACAUGGAGACAGUCCUGCCGGCUGACAGCAUUGACAUCUGUUUCGGAGCGAUGAAGGAAGACUUUCUGUUGCCAAGUGCCAUCUCCAACGCCGACAGCCUCGACGACAACAAUAACAGCAACAACAAUAACAACGACAGCAAUAGCAUUGACAACGGCGACACUGACAAAUAUGGUUGCUCCAGCAUUGCCUCGCAGUGCAACGAGUCUUCAAACCCCAACACUGAUUCCGUGACCGAUUUGUUUGUGAUUUCCGCAGUCAUCCCUGAAGAUUCGGAUGGUACUGCUUUGGAGGUGAGUGCAGCUGGCAAUGCUUACGAGGGAUAUGUUGUUGACAAUGAUGAUGAUGAUGAUGAUGACAAUGGUGGUGGUGGUGGUGAUAAUAAUGGCAGCAGUGGUGGUCAGCCAGUGACCAUCAAUGUCUUGAAGCCCAACAUCGUAAAUAACUUGCCUUGUAUUUCAUCGUCUGUAGUGGCUGGCAUCGUUGAAGAAGAGAGUUCUUGCGUGGAUGGCACCUCCAAAGUUGUUUUUGAGAAUGGUGGCACGUCAAAUGACAACGACGGUGUUGACAAUGACAAUAUUAAUCAGGAUGACUUGACGGCUAGAAAUGUCAUUGUCGUUGGCAGUCCUGUCGAAUCUCAGGACAAUACAGACGCAGGAAGCAACAAUUUGAUUUCUGAUUUUCUAUCUUUGAAAAAAAAAGGCCUAAAGUUGUCUGAUGUGGGUGACUCGUUGGCCCUGGAGGGACUUGCUGCACCAGAAGAUGAUGCAGUUGCACCCACUGCAGUUGUUAAGAAGCUCUUUUUUGUUUCUGGCAUCUGCUCUCAACCGUCAUCGAUGGUGGUUUCGGUGCCAGAAAUGGACUCUCUUGUGAUGAAUUCAACAAGAGUGACAACGAUGAUGACAAUGUCAUCUUCAACUUCUACACCAUCAUUGUUAUCAUCAUCAUCAUCAGUGUCGUUGUCAUCAUCGUCAUCGCUUGCACUGCCGCAACAACGACAACAGCAGCAAAAUAAGCAGCGUAGGCACUCGUGCAGCUGGUGUCCAAAGUCAUUCAGCCGAAGCUGCGAUUUGCAGCGCCACCUGAGAAUACACACAGGUGAAAAGCCAUACAGGUGCUCACACUGCGGGAAAACCUUCUCGCAGUCGGGCAGCCUCUCUUCCCACCGUCGCAUCCACACAGGCGAAAAGAAAAAGCUGUUUGAGUGCCGCCAGUGCCAUGCCUCGUUCGCUGUGAACGCCGAGAUGCUCGCCCAUUCCAAGUCGGUACACCAGCAUCACAAUAAUCUCUCCGGGGGCGCCAACAAUACAUCCAUCAAGUGUACAUACUGCCAGAAGACGUUUGUCUCUCCGAGCACGCUUGCGACGCACCUGCGCGUGCAUACAGGUGAGAAGCCCUUUUCGUGCUCGAUGUGCGCAAAGUCGUUUGCGCACAAGAGCGACCUCACGAAGCAUGUGCGGUCGCAUACGGGUGAGAAGCCGUUUCGCUGUGAAAUCUGCCAGAAGUUGUUCUCGCGUUCCACCAGCCUCACUGUGCACCGGCGCUGCCACACGGGGGAGAAGCCGUUCUGCUGCAUCUGCUGUUCCAAGUCGUUUUCCUGCUCCAGUUACCUCACCAAGCACAUGCGCACACACACCGGCGAAAAGCCGUACGUGUGCAAGCACUGUGACAAGUCGUUCCGUGUGUCCAGCCACCUUGCUCGGCAUACGAGGGGCCAUGCGCGGUUGAAAGGAUUUGACCAUAAGUACUGCAAAAACUCCAGCACUAACGCCGGCACCACCUCUGCCAACGAUGACAACAAUGGUGCCGACACCACCACCAACAACCAUGAUGACGACAGCUAUUUGAAAACAGCAGCAACGUGCAUAACAGUUGCAACAACAACAACAACAACAGGAACCAUUACAACAAGUAUAUUAACAACAGCUGUUCCUGUGUCAUCAACAACAACAACAUCGGCGGCUGCAGACGGUUCGUUAGUAACGAUGUCAUCUUCGUCGUUAGUAUCACUUUGUACAGUGGAAAGAGAAGCGGAGUCAGAGGUGCAGUUAGUUCAACAGGUGCCGCCGGUGGCACCAUCUGACGUUGUGCCCCGACUCCCCAUGUCAUCUGCGCCACAGCCCCAACAGCAGUAUCGCCAUCAGACCAUAAAACUGAAUCUGGAAGCGAUGACCCCAUCCGACCUCUGCAUGUCGGAUGCUGGGAAUUUUGACAGGGUGCAACAGUCAGGUGUGCAACAUCAGGGCGAGUGCAUGCCGGUGGUGUCCAUGCAGAGCAUGAAAUGUUUCACACCUGUGACCACUGAUCGGUCAAGCCAAUCACAUCAAACUAUGCAGCUGCACAAUGUGCAGUGCAUGCCAUCCGUUGCUGGAGUGCAGCUGGUUCAAAAUAUGGAAGGUAUGGAGACGAUGCAUGCUGCAGAUGUCCAAUGCAUCGAAACUCUCCCUGUUAUGCCUGGUGGGCAGUCUGUGGCCGAGGUACAUGUAGAAGAUGUCCAGUGCAUGGAAGCGUUACCUGGAGUACAAGUUGACGACAUCCGGUGUGUGAAGUCAAUGCCCAAUGUCCAAGUGCAAGACGUCCACGAGUGCAUCCAAUCCUUCCUCCCGGCUCCCACCGGUGUCGAUAACCAAGACGGAGGCGUGCAGUCGGCAUCAGACAUCCAAGCAGUGCAGGUGAUGGAAUUCAGAUAUGCCACCGCAGCCGACAGCAGUGCAACGACCGACCCUUUGGUGAGGGCCGAAAACAUGGGCACGUUUGUGUUUGAGAACUCCCAGCAGCAAAACCCGUCGGACGACCGCCAGGUGGCCACCGUCUCCUACGACUACGCGUCGUCCCUGUUCUCGAUUGCCGAGGCUGGUCUCACUUUCCACAGCUGUGCCGAAUGUGGGAAGAUCUACUUAAACGAAUCAGUAUACCGGGUCCAUCUGCGAUCUCACACCGCACUGGUCGCCCUCCACAAAAACUCAAAUGACCAGUUCCUCCACUAUAAUUGCUGCCAAAGACAAGAUUUAGCAGGAUUAGAAUUCAGGAUCUGAAGUUUGGUACUUCAAAGAAUUGUGAAUCAAAAGAAUGCCAUUUAACCCUAGGCCUUCCUUGUACUCAGCAUACCCAUGACUAAGAUCAUCCUGGAUAUGUCCAUCAAUGGCCUUCACUCAAGCUUUGCCUGAGGUACUUUGUGCUUAUAUCACUCAUGGUACCUUCAUUGUAUAUUAGCUUGUAGUGCAUUGUGUUCAUAAUUGAUAAAUCAGAGGUACCCUGAUUGUGUACUACUACACAUUCAAACCACCCUAUGGUACCUUGAUUGUACACUGGCUUGUGUAUAUUAUAUCCAUGUCAUCCUGUGGUACCUCAAUCGUAUACUAGCUUGUGGUACAUUGUGUUCAUAUCACCCUCUGGUACCUUGAUCAUAUACUAGCUUGUGGUACCUUGAUCAAAGUAGCUCAUGGUACAUUGUGUUCAGAAUAAAUCAGUGAUACCCUGAUUGUAUACUAGCUUGUACCACACUUUCAUAGCAGUCUGUGGUACCUUAAGUGGAUUCUAGCUUAUGGCACCUUGAUUGUAAACUAGCCUGUGGUACAUUGUGUAGAUUAUAAACCAGUGGUACACUGAUUAUAAACUAAUUUAUGAUACCACACAUUCACAUCACUCUGUGGUACCUCGACUAUAUUCUAGCAUGUGGUACAUGAUAUCCAUGUCAUUCUGUGUUCAUAUGAUCUUGUGGUACCAUUUACCAAUACAAGCCUGGUGUAUCUUGUGUCCAUGGUACCCUGCGCUUACGGCACCACCCAAUGGUACUAUGUAUUUCCCAGCCUGUGAUACUAUCUUUACGCAUGAAUGAACUUUGGUCACAGAAUCAACAGCGGAACUGUUAUUUAUUUUUCAAUUUUUUUUUUUUUUUUUUUUUUGUCGAGCAGUGAACUCUACUGCCACCACUACAACCACCUAAAAAAAUUUCUAAAAAGGUGUCAGCUUUUUUGUCUCCUGGACCUGGAAAAUGUUUUAAAAUAAAUAUUUUUUUUCUUUCAAAAAAAAAAUUUUUUAAUAUAACAAAAAAAAAAAAGAAAAAGAAACAUCGUAAAACAAAACAAAACAAAACAAAAAACAAAAACCCCUCCAGUCUCAGGAUUUUGUACAUCUCUUUCUAACCCACCCUGCUCUGGCCACCACCCCUGAAAAUAAGAGUUUGGGGUAUGAAAGAGAUAGACCCCCUACAUAAAUAUUUUCUGGAAACUCCACUGCCCCAACCAAAAUACUAACAUGCAUAAAAAAAACAAAAAAAGGAAGUUUACUUUUUGUUACAUAUUCAACCAAGACAAAAAAAAAA